AUGGGGCAUUAUCGAAAAGUGCUUUUGCUACUAACGACGCUGCUCGCUGUACAAAACGCAGCGGUGUGUCAGCGAAUAAUUUCUGGAAAAUGUCCCAAACGACGAGUCGUUUCUCAAUUUGAGCUUGACAAAUAUCUAGGUCUGUGGUAUGAAAUUUCUCGCUACGAGCAUUUGGAUUACACGCCAGAUUGCGAUUGCAUCACAUUACGUUACACAAAGGACGAUAACGGGAGCAUUUUUGUGCGGAAUUGUUGCAUGAUAAAGGGAAAUACGACGGAAUAUUGCGCUCAAGGUAUCGCCAUGUUGAGUCGACCUGACGAGAAUCCCAUCAAAGGAAAGUUGAAUGUCGAAUUUGGGACACAGGUUACAGAACCAAAUUACUCGAUACUCGCGACGGAUUAUUACAACUACGCCCUCGUAUAUCACUGUCAAAAGAUCAGUAGGCGUGAGGCUGUUGAAUCGGCGUGGAUUCUCGCACGAGAAAGACGCCCCGUUGCCAGUGUUCAGGCAAAGAUCAACGAACUCAUCGACAAUUACUUGGAUCCGGUUUACCUUUACACGCAAAAUCCGAACGAAUGUUACUCGUAG